ACCUUGUUUGCAAAGCUCUGCGAGUACCGGUUGUGGCGCCUCAUGAGUUUGGCCAACACUUGCUCGGCCUCCAUGUCCUCGUCAAACAUGUUCUCCACCUCCGAUUGAAGGUCAAUGGGCGCGUCUUCAUCACCGGGAGCAAGGUCGUAGCUGAGCGAGUCCGACUCCACAGACAUUCUGGCAAGUGCGCUCUGAAUCGGCAAGUAUCGCAUGAGUCGCUUGAGCACGAACGCACCGGACAGGAUGGGGCCGAGGAGAAGGAAACAUACAGGUAGGGAGAGAGUGGUGCCGGCUGGACCUAGUGGAGGGGUGCCGCACGUGGGCGAGUUUUGAUGUCGGCGACUAUUUCUCCAGAACUCCGCCAUGCGUGGGUUGGUUGCAUGUCAAGGAUGGUGUCGUGACCGCCUGAACAACGACCACCCUUUCGCUCUAUUGCAACGGACACCACCCCGUCCCCGGCACUUCACUUCCACCAGCACGUCAUGUCUGCGCGGAGCACGUCGCGAACCGCUGGCGAGUUCGAGGCUGACUGCGUUUCUUCUAUCCUGGCCGUAUCUAACGGGGGCGUCUCGCUCAACGAUCGCAUGGCACACGUUUCUGCGACGGGGUAUGAGUACCAGGCGGCCUGCGCUGGCCUCCAACUUGUUCAAGCUGCUGUUGCGGACCCCUCACCCCAGGCCGCGGCGAUCACCAUCGAAGGGCGUGAGGACGUUGUACUGCAUGUAGAGGGAAAGCUCCCUGCUCUCACGCAAGUGAAGCACUACGUCUCGGAGAAAUCGAAGUCCGUGGGUCUCUCCCGGACGUCGGACUUCUUCAUCGAGCUUGGCAAGUUCCUCCAGUCGAUUCCUCUCAAGCGGGAGACGGUCGAUUGGAUUUUCUGGUUCACCGGCUCGUUUAACUCGUCUGUGCCUGAGGACAGUGUGGCCCUGUUGACGAAGCCGAUUGGGGCCCGCAGCGACGACGACGAGAAGGCUGUUCGCACGUUGCUGUGUAACGCCCUGGAUUCGCACUCUGGUGACCGCUCCGCUGUCAAGGCUGCCAUCGAGAGCUGCCACGUGAGGGUGAGCGCUGUGGUGGCCGGCGAGUACACCGACGUCCUCGAGGCCAUCGAUGAUCUCAUGAUGACGUUCGUACCUUCAGUGGCCGGGGCUUUGAACGCGGGCGCCGCCACGAAGGACGUCGCUAAGCUGACGCGCACCUGUGCGAUCUUCGCCACCAUGUCGUUGCUCGACCACAUGCGGAAGGGUGUGGCCUCUUCGUGUGGGAAGCAGGAUGUGCGCGACGCGGUGAAGACGAGGACUACCGAUCUCGGCGAUCUGUCGAGGAUUGUCGAGUCUGUGGUGAAGAUGGUCGCUGGUGGCGCCGUCACACUCUCCGACGCUGAGCAAAAUCGUCGGGCAGAGCUUGACGCAUUUUGGAGGAAGUACCAGCCCGCGCGGUACCUUGCGUACCGCAAGAGCCGGGCCUCGCUCGAUGCGCACCUCGGUAAUGAUCCCUCGCAGUACUACCCGUUCUCUCUCGCGAUUUACAACGCAUACUCAACAGCACUGGGUGAUGCCUUUCGUGUCAUGUCGAAGAUCGAGGACAAGCUCGUGGAGGAACUGAAGGUGGAGUUGGCCCAAGCUGAGGUCAAUUUGUCGAAGGCCACCACGGAGGAUGCUGAGGCUGAGGUGGCCCGCCUCAAAGGUGAAGUUGCCCGCCUCAAAGGUGAAGUUGCAGCAGCAGAGUUGGAGGCCUGCAAUAAGGAGGUGAUUCCGCAAAGUUGA